AUGUCGACGAGAGCGAGCAGCAGAUCCGAGAAAAAGACGGAGAAGCCCUCGAGAAUUAUUCCCCAGGCUGACAAGAAGAAGAGAAAACGCAAGAGGAAGGAGACGUACUCCACCUACAUCUUCAAGGUCCUCCGGCAGGUCCAGCCGGACAUCGGUGUGUCCUCGAAGGCGAUGAGCAUCAUGAAUAGCUUCGUGAACGACAUCUUCGAGAGGAUCGCCACCGAGUCCUCUCGUCUCGUCCACUACAACAAGCGACACACCAUCACCUCGAGGGAGAUUCAGACAGCCGUGCGCCUGCUUUUACCGGGAGAAUUGUCCAAGCACGCGGUCAGCGAGGGGACCAAGGCCGUCUCCAAGUACAGGGCGUCUAAGUAA